CGUUCACUAUAGUAAUAACAACAAUAAUAAUAAUAUUACAUUUUUAAAAAUAAAAAUCUAUAAUAAGGCACGACACACGAAGUACAUUAUUAAUAAUAAUACAAUUUUAUUACGGAAUCUGUCGCGGUAUUUUGUUAUAUAAAUACAAACGCAGUCGCCGUUCGCCAUUCCGACCGUGGACUGUUGAGCACUGGUCGACUUACUGGUGCGGCGUAAUACUCACUACUCGAUCAAUACUCGUUCCGGUUGAUACGCAGUCCGUGUUCGGCAUAAUAUGAAUGUACACAGAACAUAAUAUUAUCAUUAUUGUUAUCACAGUCGUUUCGCUCUAGACGCCGAGUGCCGUCUACUUCCAUAAGCUAUUGUGACGACCAAUAGGUAGGUACCGUAAUAAUAUGUUAUUGUAAGACAAGAGACCGGCUACGGUCUCCCACGGUAGUUUCCGUGUUAAAAUGUAGUGGAGCUCGCCACCGGAUUGACUUGCUGUCGGAAAACGAAGGAGAGCACCGCACGACCGAUAAUGGCCGUGUGGCUGGAAGUACUAUUCGUGGCGUUUUUCAUCUCGCUGCCAUUCCUCUACGACACGCGACGAACGUUCCGCUACCAUUUCCGUCUAACCAUCUUCACUGUUCUGGCCUACCUCACGUCCCUGUUGGCCCUCUUCCAGUUCAAACACCGAUCCAGGUUAAUCGCAUAUUUUGGACAACAAAUCUCAGAUUUAUUGUCUCUUGAAUGGUGCCUACAUGGGAAAAAAAAUCUAUCAUCAACACGUGCAAGGGUGGCUAUUAUAAAUUAUCAAACUGACAUCGAUACAUUAGGACUCUUGCAUUUGGUGUAUUGUCAAGAGAUGGAACUGAAUAUAAUUUCAGAAACAAAUUUUAUCACCUUAUGGCCAUUUUCAUUUUUUCCAUGGUUGGUUUCAUUAGCAUUAUGCCCCAUUCAAUUUUUUUAUACUAAUUUGAGGUUGCUGAAUUUUUCUUCAACAUUUAUUGAUUCCAAGCCUACAAUUAUAUUAUCAUCAUCUACAAUGACAAAUGAAGAAACUAUUAAAAUGGCUUUUAAAAAAAAAUUGCCAGUUCAGCCUAUUGUAUUUUCCAACUGCUAUUUUAUAAACAAAAAAAAACAUAUGUUUGAGCCAGGUCGUGUUAUAAUAUCUGUGAUGCCAAUAAUAGAAACUGAUGGUUUAUUGGCAAAUGAUAUACCUAACUUCAGUAAUGAAGUAUGUUCCAAAAUACGUGCAGAAUAUGACAGUAUAAGUAAAAUAACUCAACUGGGCGACUAUCAGACACCAUCUUUUUAGGCCUUAGAGUUAAUACUAUUGAUAAUACUCUUCCAUGCACAAUUUUUAAUUAGCAAAACCUCAAGUUAUAUUUAUUGUUUAAUUUAAAAAGACACAUUUCUAUUCACUGUGGUAUGACUAGAAAGUAUAUUUACACUACUUAAAUGUUGAUAAUUCUUGAUUGUUUAUAUAUUUAUAUUGUUUUUUUAUUUUAAUGAUUUUUGUUUUUUUUUUUAUAUAAUAUAGACAUAUUUUGUUCUUAUUGGCUGUGCAUAUUAUAAUAUGUAAUUUGUUAGAUAAUCAUUUAUUUCAUUUUCAAAACUCCGAUGGUCAUUAAUCAUUACAUAAUCUAAAUACCUAAAAAGUAUUUUAUUUUUUUCUUAAACUAGUCAUGAUUAGUAUUAUCAUUUCUUUGAUUAUUUACUCAAUAUUAAAUUAAUAUAAAUGUAUUGUAUCUUUAAAUAUUGUGUUUGUUGUGUUUUAUUUGGAUUUUCUAAUUUUUAUUUUAACAUAGUUUUAAUGUUAAAAUAUCAAAAUAAUGACCAUCAUAAAAUUGUUUGUUUAUUUUUUCAUCUAGUUGUAAAGAAAUAUUUUUAUUGUAAAUGGGUUGGGUGCAAUUAUAUAUGUUAUCGGGUUAUAUAAAUUAAAUGAUGUCCAAUAUAGAAUUAGUUAUAAAGACAUAGCGAUGACUUAAAGAAUAUUAACUACCUACUAUUUAUAAGGAAAUAAGCUAUGCAUUAAGACUUUAAUUAUUUUUUUAAUUUAAUAUCCAAUAAAGUUAUCUUUAAAUUACUUA